AUGCUGGCCUGGCCGGACGGCGGAGCCAAGGCGGCUCCCUCCCCUCACAAGAUCUCCUUCUCCGUGGUGGAUAUCCUGGACCCGCAGAAAUUCACCCGCGCUGCGCUGCCGGCCGUGCGCCUGGCUCCCCAGGAGGCCAGGAAAAAAAGUUUGGCCGAGGUGGAAGCUGGGAUGGACGCCAGCCCCGGGGACCGAAGCCGAAAGCGGGAGACCCCUGAUGCCGCGGGCCGUGGCGCGGGCCCCGCGUCCCCGCUGGAGGGCUCCGAGGCCGAAGACGAGGAGGACGCGGACGAGUCCGGGCGGGCGCGGCGUCCCGAGCGCGAGCAGCCGGGCCCCGCGCGGUCCCCGGAGGCCCGGGCGGCGGGGGGCUGGGGCGCGAGGCGCGGGGGCGAGGGCGGCCCCCCCGCCUCCCCGGGCUCCCCGCGACCCCGGCGCCGACGCGCCGAGCCCAGCGGUGCCAAGCCCCGGCGCGCGCGCACCGCCUUCACCUACGAGCAGCUGGUGGCCCUGGAGAACAAGUUCCGGGCCACGCGCUACCUGUCGGUGUGCGAGCGCCUGAACCUGGCGCUGUCGCUCAGCCUCACCGAGACGCAGGUGAAGAUCUGGUUCCAGAACCGCAGGACCAAGUGGAAGAAGCAGAACCCGGGCGCCGACGGCGCGGCGCCGCAGGCCGGGGGCGGCGCGCCCCAGCCCGCCGGGGCGGCGGGCACGUGCGGCGGCGGCGGAGGCGCGGGGAGCAGCCCCGGCCCGCCCGGCCCCGGAGCGCUCCCCUUCCAGACUUUCCCCCCCUACUCCGCGCCCAGCGUCCUCUUCCCCGCCGCCUCCUUCCCGCUGAGCGCCGCCGCCGCCGCCGCGCCCCCCUUCGCGCCCUUUCUCGGGGCCUCCUACUUGACCCCCUUCUACGCCCCGCACCUAUGA